AUGUAUCCUUCUGAAGCAAAACGCAGAUUACGACUAUCAUGGAAAAUCUUCCCACAGCGCAAAACCUCUAGUAGUAUUCAAGCGUAUUUGGACUUUAACAGGACUAUCGAAAUUAACUAAAGCAUAAAACUAUUUUAAAAGAAGUCGUAUUGAUUAGGUGCGAUGUUUGUAUACAUGGCGGUUGGCAUUGUAAGGUUAACCUAAAUUAAGUCAGGCUGCACAGAAGAGUAACACUCACAAUUACUCUGUUAAGCUCCUGCUGCAGGCCACACCCUUGGCAGGGCCGACUGAACACGUUGGACCAGUGAUGACUCCCAGAAGGUGUGUCCUGCCACUCUGAGCAGCACCAGUGUUCACCUCCUCCUGUUCCAUACCGGCCCGAAGCUGCUACCUCGACUUAGUCCUCCUUCUCCGGUCUUUGGAGACACGCAGCAGAUCCGGAGCCGUGCGCCUCCCAAGGGGGAAGUGAAGCAUUUUCCCAUCGGCUCUGAGAGAUAUUUGAGAGUGCUGGAAAUAACACCAACACCUAUUUUUUCCCAACUAACCAGUUCGGAUACUUGAAGGAUCUGUUAGGCUCUCCUGUAACCAUGGGGGACGUGGUUUCCUCUCACCUGGAUGAGAGCAGGCGGGAGAUGAUUACAGCUCGGACCAGGGAUGUGAUGAAAGAGUUCAGUGAUGGGUACGAGCAGCAGUACGCAGUCGCUCUCUUCAACAGCGUCCGUUUUGAGAUAGAAGGAGGAGGAGGGUCGCAGUCGCAGCUGCUUCACAGGAAGGACCCUCUAGCAGGCCGGUCAAUCUUCUCCGGGAGUCUGUUUCAGUAUCUGGAGGAGAAUCGCAAGUGGAGGAAUCGCUUUGUAUCUGUGCCAAACAGCUACACCAUCAACCUCUAUGAAAGCAAAACAGCACACGAACGGGGCCUCCACCCAAAAGUGACCAUCAACUGCGCGGGAUACAAGGCCCUGACCUCAAUGGAGGAAUACAUGGAGCUGAUUAAUACCAGCCUGCCAGGUAUCAAAGCCAAGGUGGGCAGCAGUCCGUUUAUCAAGUGUGUGAGCCAGUUCCCCCUCAUCCUGUGGCAUCCUUACGCCCGCCACCACUACUUCUGUGUGAUGACAGAGAAGGAGCAGAAGAAGUGGCACGCUGUGCUGCAGGACUGCGUCAGACACAGCAACAACGGUCUGUCAGAAGACUGCACUGUCGAGACGCCGGCCUUCACAGACACUGUGAGACUUCACAGACAAGCCAAGGGACACUACGGGACCUGGGACAUGAUGUGUGGACAGCCACCACAGAUUCUGGCUAAUCUGGUGAUGGAGACGCUCCACCCAGAGCUGAGAAAUGUGAUUGCUCCACGUCUGAAGGGAAAGAUGCAGCAGAAGCAGAGGAACUGGAUGUUGAUCUCUGAUGCAGUGUACAGGCAGGUGCUGUCUCAGACCACUGGUCAGUACGAAGCACUGGUCGAAGCCUGUGAGGUCCAGAGAGUUUCGCUGGACGCCAGACUGCGAACCGACAUGGACCAGAUCAUCACGUCUAAGGAACAUGUCAGCAGCAAGAUAAGAGCUAUGGUGUUGCCCAAGGCGGAACAACUCCUACGGAGCAGCGUCCAGCCCUACAUUAGCUCCAUCCUAGAGGCCCUGAUGGAGCCCACCAGCCGAGGUUUCUCAGAAGUCAGAGAUGUUUUCUUUAAGGAGCUGGUGGAGAUCAGCAAGAACUCUCUCAAUGGAGGGGGCAAAGAAAAACUGGGAGACCACAUGGAGAAGCUGUCCAUGCUCGCCUUCCAUCCAGUGAAGAUGCAAAGCUGCUAUGAGAAGGUGGAGCAGCUUAAUCUGGAGGGGCUGCAGCAGAGGUUUGAUGUCUCCAGCCCCUCUGUGUUCGUCAGCAGGGCUCAGAUCCUCAUGAGGGAGCAAAUGGACAAUGCAGUGUAUACCUUUGAGCAGCUGCUAAACCAGUCUUUAGAGGCCCAGGGACAAGAUGACAUAUGCAAGACCAUCCAACGAUGUCAAGACCGGGUUCUCAAGAAAUAUGAUUACGACAGCAGCACAGUUCGCAAGAAGUUCUUCAGAGAGGCUCUCCUGCAGAUCAUCAUCCCAUACAUGCUGCAGCAGCUCUCACCAUCCUGCUCACCAGAGUUGCCUCGCUUCAGAGAGCUAAUAUUUGAGGACUUCUCCCGUUUCCUCUUGGUGGAAAACAUGUUCGAGGAGGUGGUACUGCAGUCUGUCUCCAAGGACAUAAUGAUGGCUGUGAAGGAGGCAGCUGUCCAGAGGAGACACAACCUGUACAGGGACAGCAUCAUUCUGACCAACAGUGAUCCCAACCUCCACCUGCUCGGAGAAUCCCCUUCGGUGGACUGGGCUACUAAAUUUGGAGGCGAUGAGCUGGAAGGCCCUGUUGAUGGCGGUAUUGUCGAAGGGCGGGGCUCUGGGAAAAGACGCAGACAGGUGGUGUCCAUGAUCCAGCUGGAUGGUGUGCCUCUGCCCUAUGAGUCCUGCCUGGAGGUCCCAGGCGUGGAGCUUAUCCCUGAGGAGGAGUCAGAGAUGUCCGAGGGCAAAGAAGAGGACCACAGUGAGGAUAAAGAGGACCUAGGCACAUAUGAGGAUCCCAAGUCUCCUGACAGUGUGAAUGAAAUCAGAGACCUGAUUAAUCCAGUGGUGGAGAUGGUGCUACCUGCAUCACAGGAGAGCAAGAGCGACAUGACCAACGGGACAGAGCUGGCCACAGGCACCAUCAUCAUGAAGGAUGGGGUGCAGGAGGAUGUGACGCAUGUCACCACCGUCGUGGAGGAUGUCCCCAGGAAGCCUGUGCGAGACAAGUCAUCCUCGCAGACAAUUCUCCAACAGCUGAUAGGAAGCAGUAAGCAGGAAGCUGAUAAGGAGCGUCAGGGGGAAACAGCCAUCGAGGACAGCAUCAAGGAAAUAGAGAAAGCAGUACAGGAAGAUGGCAGUGAACGGAUUGCUGAGGUCUCUGCAGCAGAAUCAGAUUAUGAGUCGUCACCAAAGCCACCAAUGGUUACAGACUCAGGCUCAUAUGGUGACAGUGGCUUCCAGUCACCGACCAAUGAGGGGCUGGAUGAAGGUGAGCUUCAGCCAGUCACAAACGGUGUGAAUGGAGGGGACAAAAUUAUCGACCCGGUAGAAGUGGACGUGAUAUUAGCGUAGGAAGGGAGUCCUCUGAACAUUACUCUGGACUAAACCUUGGAGAAAAAAAACAGCAGAGUGUGCCUCACAUGCAAUGAGAGAAAAGGGAUGAAAAAGAAUUGGAUUUAAAGUUUUUAUUCAAAGCGUUACCUUUUCUUUAUACUAUCCAUCCUCACCUCGACUUUUUGUAGAUAUUUCUUCGGUGACUGGUUCCUCUCUAUGCAGCUUAGUAAAUCUCAGUAAAAUUUCUUCAUAUUGUGCGUUUGACACUGAAUUCAACAUAUUUGAUUUAUAAAUGUGAGGCUCCUAUAUGCUGUCAGCAGGUGGCAGUUCCAUCACCAAGGAUUUUAAAGUAAAAAUCAACCUUUUUAAGCUUAGAAAGGCAGAACCCCAAACAGCAACUACAUCUAAGUUAUUUAUAUUUUCAAAUGAUGUUAAACAUUUGAUCACAUCAAUGGCAUAUUUAAAUACAGCAGGAAAUAAGGCCUAUAUUUUCUUACUAUAUCUCACAUUUAUAGAUAAAGAUUUACAUAUUGUGCCUCUAACUGUCCUGCAGGUAAAUGGAUCCUUCUUUGAUGAAUACAGCUUCUACCUGAGCAGCAGGGGGUGCUACAAUCAAACUUUUGAUUCUGUAUGGGGUUUUCUAUAAGUAACUUUUGAAAUACUGGUAUCUAUUUUUGUAAAAUAUAAUUUUUAAAAAAUAUAUAGUUUGUUUACCUUGAAAUCUCUUCCUGUAUUCGCAAAUGGCCUUUAUGUUUCAACACUAUUUCAGUACAAGCUGUCAGGAUUUACACCUCCACUGUGAGUAAUAAGUAAGAUGUUUUUUAAAAUGAUGAACACCACAACCAGAACUCAUUGUUUCUGGCCACUCUGCCUGUGGGAGUAGAUGUCCAACAUUUUGAACUUGUCGAUAAACUUGUAAACAGAGGAAGCUCUCUACAUGGUUAAAUAUAAAAUGUUUUUCAAGUAUUAGUUGAUUUUUAUUUACACCAACGUGACAGUUUUUUUCUAUUUAAAAACCAAGCUUUUCUAAUUGAAUUCAAAUUUUACAAUCAGGGUGUAAUUUGGAUAUAGUGACUUUUAUGAUAGUUUUAUCCAUGUAAAAACUGAGAAAGACUAGACCACCCUUGGGAGACACUUGUUCACGUGAGGGACAUUCUUACAUCACUGGAAAUGAGACACAGAUGACAUGGUGUUCUGUAAAACUAGGAGGUUUAAUGAACUGUAAAUAUUAUUAUAUUUCAUUUGUAUAAUAUAGGGCAAUGUAAUUUCCUAAUAGCUUUUCCAAGGAAAUUUACUGAAACUCAUAAUUUGGUACCAAGCAUAGGGAAAUUAGAGACUGUUAUUUUACAUAUGAAUGAAUUGAACACUUGGUGGUCAACAAACUUUAACAACAUUUUUGCAAAUUCAGCUCACCUACAGGCACAGAAUGAAAAUUGGAGGUAAAUGAAGUACAAACAUAAUUUAAAUUUCCAUUGUUACUAUUAAAAUUUGUACCCACUGA